AUGGUCUUUCGGGAGCAUCGCUCAUUUCAAAGACCAGUACACAACAAAUUAUAUCAUAUCACGGUGUGCGAACGAAUAUCUAGAGAUCUGACUGGGACCUGGAUUCCCCCUAAUCACUUGCUUCCCCAACCAGGAGCCCAAGCUCAACAGCCUUGGGCUCUAGAGACUCCUAUUGUUCCAGAGAGGCUAAAUUGGGCUGAGGUCCAUAGGACAUCUUCUCUCCGGGAUGAAGUUACUAUUCUUAGAUCCCAGCUACGAUCCCAGGGUCAGGUGACUGAGGCACUAAGACAAACUGUGCAGGGCCUGCUGAAAGAGCAAGAGCAGCAGAAGUACCAAAUCUGUGCCCUGGAAGCAUCACUAAAGUUGCUGCAGGGGGGCCCAGAGCGGAAGACUCUUCUCCUGGAGCAAUGCCUGGACCGGCUGAGAAGGGAACUGAGGGGCCUUCGAAGCCAGGUGCAGGAACAGGCCCAAGCCCAAAUACAAGCAGGUCCACAAAAGUGCAGUGUUACCAGUGGCCUUCACCAAGAGGUGCAGAAUGAGAGGCAACUGCUAUGGGAGGAGUCAGAGGUUCUGAGGGAGGAACUGAAGUUGCUGCGGGAUCAGCUGACCCAGCAUCAGGAGCUGAUGCUGAAACAGAUGGCUGAGGGGCAGCAAGUUCAGGCCCGCAGCUGGAAGAUGUUGGAGCAGCAGCAGAGUGGCCAGGAGGGCAAGGAGGCUGCCAGGACAGAGGCUGAGGAUGCCCGGCGGGAGCAUGACCUCCUCAGGACCUCUGUUCACGUCCUUGAGUCGAAGCUACCCCUGGCUGCCACCUUUGCCAUGUCUCUUUCUUCAUCUAGCUCUGAAGUCAGUCAUCAGGACAACAACAGUAGCUGGGAACUUUUAAAGAAAUUGGAUCUCCAGAAGAGUACCCUCUCUAACCUGGAACCCAGCAACUUUCAGCUCCAGGUCCAGGGCCUUGAGCAGGAGGACCUAUCCUUUAAUGGCUCCAAGAUACUCCUGAGUGACCUGUAAGGACGUGUCAGAGUAGUAGGAUAAAGUCUUUGCUCACCUUCCCCUCCAAGGCCCGGUUUCUGGGCUCCCUGCCCCUACCCUCUUGAUCUAGCUGGUUUCUGCCCUCCCUACUGAGGCUUGUCACUGCCUGCUCACCUGUCCACCAACUGCAGUAAAAUGGCUUAACCCAC